AUGAUCCGUGGAAGAACCGCGAAAGCAAUUCCCAGAAAUGUCAUUUUCACGGUUAGUCGGAGUACCAUUUCCGGGACCCCAUCGCUUUCUCCCAUUCCAAUUAACCCUAGUUUAGCCGGUGGUUACAUCCGGCUACUCCGCUAUUUCACUGUCGGCGGAAAUGCCUCUAGUCCGGGUUGUUCUGUAUCGAGAAACCCCAAUUCGAUUGGAUUAAGUAAUUUCAGGAGAUUCUGUAGCGAUAAGAGCGGAAUCAGUGAAUCGAGUAGCUGGACGGAGGAGGUAGAGUAUUUAGACGAGUCCGGUAGUGUAAUACACAGCGGUAAAGGGAUAAGAUCAGUAGAGCCAGGGCUUGAUGACCAUGUUAUGGUUGGUGGAUUGAAGAAGCCUCUCAUGAAUGCUUCCGCUGUUGCGAAGAUCGUUGAGGUUGUGCAGAGAUGGAAAUGGGGACCUGAGCUUGAGACUCAGCUGGACAAGCUCCAGUUUGUGCCGAGCAUGGUUCAUAUAAAGCAGUCGUUGAAGAUUGUUGAAGGUGUUGAUGCGUCGCUGAGUUUGUUCAGGUGGGCUAAGAAGCAGCCUUGGUAUCUGCCUUCGGAUGAAUGUUACGUUGUUUUGUUUGAUGUGUUGAAUAAAGGGAGAGACUUUGUUGGGAUCCAGACGCUGUUUGAGGAGAUGGUGCAAGACUCGACUAGUCAUGGUGGUUUGUCGCUUACUGCGUAUAAUAAAGUGAUUCAGUAUUUGGCUAAAGCUGAGAAACUUGAGGUUGCGUUCUGUUGUUUCAAAAAGGCUCAAGAGUCAGGGUGCAAGAUAGAUACGCAGACGUAUAACAAUCUGAUGAUGUUGUUUCUGAACAAGGGGUUGCCGUAUAAGGCGUUUGAGAUUUAUGAGAGCAUGGAAAAGACUGAUUCUUUGCUGGAUGGGUCGACUUAUGAGCUCAUCAUACCAAGCUUGGCCAAAUCCGGCCGUCUUGAUGCAGCUUUCAAGCUUUUUCAGCAGAUGAAGGAAAGGAAACUCCGGCCAAGCUUUGGUGUGUUUGCUUCACUUGUUGACUCAAUGGGAAAAGCUGGUCGAUUGGAUACAUCGAUGAAGGUUUACAUGGAGAUGCAAGGCUUUGGCCAUAAACCAUCUGCAACCAUGUUUGUGUCUUUGAUUGAUUCAUAUGCGAAAGCCGGCAAGCUUGAUACUGCUCUCAGGCUUUGGGAUGAGAUGAAGAAUUCAGGUUUCAGGCCUAACUUUGGGUUAUACACUAUGAUCAUUGAGUCUCAUGCGAAAUCAGGGAAGCUUGAAGUAGCAAUGUCAGUAUUCAAAGACAUGGAGAAAGCUGGGUUUUUACCUACACCGUCCACGUAUUCAUGUCUAUUAGAGAUGCACGCUGGUUCAGGGCAAGUAGACUCUGCUAUGAAGAUCUAUAACUCCAUGACGAAUGCUGGUUUAAGGCCUGGCCUGAGCAGUUACAUUUCACUUCUUACACUUCUCGCCAACAAGAGGCUCGUUGAUGUUGCUGGGAAGAUACUUCUGGAGAUGAAAGCAAUGGGGUAUUCGGUUGACGUCUGCGCUAGCGACGUUCUGAUGAUAUAUAUCAAAGAUGCUUCUAUUGAUCUUGCUUUGAAGUGGCUGAGGUUCAUGGGUUCAUCAGGAAUCAAGACGAACAAUUUCAUCAUCAGGCAGUUGUUCGAGUCAUGCAUGAAAAAUGGUCUUUACGACUCAGCUAGGCCUUUGCUCGAGACGCUUGUGCAUUCCUCUGGGAAAGUUGACUUGGUGCUUUACACUUCGAUUCUCGCUCAUCUUGUGCGUUGCCAAGACGAAGACAAAGAGAGACAGUUGAUGUCAAUCCUCAGCGCUACCAAACACAAAGCUCACGCCUUCAUGUGCGGUCUCUUCACUGGUCCGGAACAGAGGAAACAGCCAGUGCUAACGUUUGUCAGAGAGUUUUACCAAGGGAUUGAUUACGAGCUCGAGGAAGGAGCUGCUAGAUACUUCGUCAACGUCCUUCUCAACUACCUUGUCUUAAUGGGUCAGAUAAACCGAGCUCGAUGCGUGUGGAAAGUAGCCUACGAGAACAAACUCUUCCCAAAAGCCAUAGUCUUUGACCAACACAUUGCUUGGUCUCUCGACGUGAGGAACUUAUCGGUUGGAGCCGCGCUCAUAGCCGUGGUCCACACUCUCCACAGGUUCAGAAAACGAAUGCUUUACUAUGGCGUAGUGCCUAGGCGGAUAAAGCUAGUCACAGGACCGACGUUGAAGAUUGUCAUUGCUCAGAUGCUGAGCUCGGUUGAGUCGCCUUUUGAGGUCAGCAAAGUCGUGCUGAGAGCGCCGGGGGAUUUGGUGAUGGAAUGGUUCAAGAAACCGAUCGUGCAACAGUUUCUUCUGAACGAUAUCCCGUCUCGAGCUGAUAUAUUGAUGCAUAAGCUGAAUGUGAUGUUCCCAAGCUCUGCUCCUGAGCUUAGAUCCAUGUCACCUCCAAAACCACUCAUGUCGUCCAAGGCGUUUUAA